AUGGCAAACGAAAGGCGACUUAACAAGUCAUCAGCCCGCACUCCUCGACAUGGAAGCACUGCUACCACCAAGACCACUGCCACCACCAACCGCAGUAAUAGCAGUAAUAGCAGCGGCAGCAGCAGCAACAGCACCAGCACCGUCAACGGGACCAGCGGAGGGAAGAAGCAAAGCAGCAGCCGGCAGUACCGGAUCCCACACCCUCCAGUUCCUCACGCUCAGACUUCUUUACUGCAGUCACAGCGGGUACCCGCGUCCGCCGUCUCUUACUCCUCGUCAGCUCGGCAGGGCGUUGGCCAGGAGCCCCGACAGCUCUAUGAAACCCGAUAUCAGCCUGCAGUUGGCCGCGGCCUGGCGUCAACAACAACGACAGCAGUAACAACAACAAGGACACCGACACCGACGACGAGGAGGGCGGCCGUCGACGUCGCCAGCACCACGUCAGAAGCUGCUGCUAAUGGCUCAUCAGCCGACUCGCCAGUCCCGGCGGCCGACCCGGACUCGAUGGAGGCUAAGAAGGGACUGAACAAAUGGGGCGCGUUCGACUCGUUCAGCGGCUCCGGCACGGGCACGUUUGGGUUUGGACCCCUGCUGUUCCACCAUGUGGAUGAGACACCACGGGACCCGUACGACACCACCAAUAUGAUGCUCAACGACCCCAUCAGCUUCAACCCAAUGAGCGCCAUCUCGUGGGCCAGGCUGGACGACAGUCCCGAGAGCGUCGACGAGCUGCUGGGCGACCAUGCCAUCUCGACACAGCAGCAGCAGCGGCAGCGAGGCACCGCAGCUGGGAAGGGCGGUAGCAGGCACGAGGCAAGCAGCAGCAGCUACGUGGGCUAUGUCGACAGCCCGGCCAGCACGCCGGCGAGCCCACGGCCUGGCGGCGGCGGCGGCGAUGGCGGGUCAUAUGGCUCGGACGCCUCUGAGUCUCGCACUUCAUCCGUGGCCGGAAGCAGCGUCGGUAACAUCUCCAGGACCUUCUCAGACACGAGCCUGGUGGGCCGAGAUACGGACAGGAGCACUGCGAGCGCGCAGCCCGCUUAUCCCUCGCCCUCCUCCUCGCGAGCAGCUCACACUCCUCAAACCCAACGGCAGCAUGAACAACAGCAGGUCUACUCAUCUCAGCCACAACCAUCUUCAAACCAGAACCCAGCCGCCUAUCGUGCCAUAGCAAGUCAACAACCCUAUCCUAGCCGGUCCUAUACGCACCCACGCCCACAAGAACACCGACACCACCAUCAGCAACAACCAAGCUCCCGGUCAUACCCACCGCCACAGCAGCGACAACAACAGCAGCAGCAAGCGCCUAUGCCGCAGACAACACUCCCACCACACCAGGCACCACCACCACCACCACCAGCAAUAGCAGCAGCAGCAGCAGCGACGACGACGACAACAACAACAACAACAGACCUCCUCCUCUGCCUAGGCCCGCACUGCAGCGCGCGCUUCCCGACCGAGGCGGAGCUGGCGGCGCACUACCGCGCCGAGCACGCCUUCACGUGCACGUGGACGUCGUGCGCGGCGCCCAGCUUCACGUCGAGCAACGCGCUGGCCUGGCACGUCAACGCUGAGCACCUGCUGGUGUGCCCGGUGCCGGGGUGCUGCGGCGCCGCGUACGCGAGCAAGAGGGCGCUCGAGGGGCAUUUGAAGGGAGAGGUGGUUACGUCUUCGGUGUCGACGCCAUCGGGGAGCUCCUCGUCAGGCACGUCUCGGAGACAACCUCAGCAGCAGCAGCAGCAGCCGACGCCACAACAACCACAACACCAUCGUGCGCGUCGCCGAUCAAAGAGCCCGAGUUUCUCACCAGCGCAUCGGCCGCCUCAGAGGGCGCGACGCUAG